AUCAAGUCUUCAGGUGAAACAUUUGAUCCAUAAUCCCAUUGCCAUUGAUCUUACAAACCCUCGAAUCAAAAAGGAUCAACACCCUAGAUUGGUAUAUAUAUAUAUGUAAAAUCAGUUGAGUUCAUUCAGUCUUAGAGCAAUCUACAGCACAUGAACUAUAACACAAACAGCGAUAAACAACAAACAAGCAGAUAUUAAAGUAAAGUUUGAAACAAAUAAGAGAAGAAAAUAAAAUGGAUAACUACACAACAGAGUCUCUCUUAGAUGUCUCAUCAUAUCACUAUAGCAACAACUGUCUCAUGGAGUAUGUGUCACCUAGCAACCAGGACAACAUCACUGAUAUGAACAACACUCGCUGUGGAUCUCUUCUGAGAGAAUCUGUUGACAGUGACAUCAAUUUGGACUUCAUGUACCCACUACAAGAGAUGAAAGUGUCUGACCUUGCUGCCGUGUUCUUGGAUGAGGAGACUGGUUACCGGGAUAACGCACCUCUUGUAUCUACUACGCCAGCUGAACAAAUGGGCCCGAUCAUCCACACUUGUGACACUCGUCACAGUAAUUCUUUAAUGGAUAUCACACCAGCAAUGGACUAUAACAGCCUAACACCAAACGUGGAUACAACUCUACAAGAUAUCACACCCACCAUCCAAGCCAACAUGAAUGACACUCUGUACCAGAAUAUGGUAGAUGACAUCAACAGAGAAAAUACCUGUGAUAUCCCAAUCUUGGAGCCACAUCAGUAUAAUACUGGCUCCAGCUCCCAGUGCUCUGCUGAUAACACACUCCAGGAUAUCACCCCCACGCUCUACUCCACCGUGAAUGACUCCAUCCUCAGAGACAUGGUAAAUGAUCUGAACACUGACUCUCAAAAGGCAUCACCAAGCUUCAAGUCUCCACUGCCAAUGAAACCAAGUCGCAAACCACGUGCCUGUGUCUCCAAGGACAAGACUGCGCUCAAAUGUACCUACUGUGGAAAGAGAUUCACAAACCGUGCCAAUUUCACAAACCACAUCAGGGUCCACUCUGGGGAGCGACCAUACUCCUGCAACAUCUGCCACAAGACAUUUGCCCAGAGUGCCACCCUCAAGACACAUGCCAGGACCCACACAGGCGAGAAGCCAUUCAGCUGUGAGUUCUGUCGUCGUGGCUUCAGUGACUACUCUACCUACUCCAAGCAUGUCAGGACCCACACUGGUGACAAGCCCUACAAGUGUGACACCUGCCCUGCUGCUUUCACCCAGUCUGGGAACCUGAACCGACAUCAGAAGAUUCACUUGAAGGGAAACACCAGAAAGUCCAAAUUCAUGAGAUAAUCUACUAUACACAAUGGACAUUGAAUAUUUAUACACUAACUUGUGUAAUGAAAUCAUUUAAUGCCAAAUUCAAUGAGUUGCCAAAUCUCGUUUUUAUUUCUAUGUGACAAUUUUCAAUCAAAUGCAUUGGUAUUUGUUCAAAGAACAUGUUUACUUAUUUAUAUAUUUUGUUUAUAUCUUAACAGAGUUCAAUAUUUGAAAUAAAAAAAUAAAAAUAAUCAUCUGUUUUGUCAAUUAUUAAGAUGAAAGUGUGUGGGAUUAAACAACCAAAAUAAGAACUAGAUAACAGCGACACAAAGGCAUAGCAAAUCCCAUCAAACAGCUAAUGUCAGUUUCAGACAACACUGCUAGAAAUUAUGUCUCAAAAUGGCUAAAAGAUAAUGUGUCAUACUUGCAAGUAUUUACAUAGUCCCAAUAAAUAUCGACAAAAUCAUUUUACCACCAUUUUGCAAGUAGCUGC